AUGAGUACCAAUGCAGCCGACCCCGUCGUGGGAGUCGCCGAUUCCAAUAUGUCUUUUUUUCGAAAACACACCCCGUUCGGGUCCCUGUCUGGCGGCCGGCCACCGCUGAACAACAUCGCCAUCACGCCUUUCCUCCAGACCUUGUUCACCAUUCCCACCGUCGUCUCGCCUUCGCCCCAAACAGCUGGCCUGGUUCUUGAUGGCGACGACAAGACCGAUCCUACUUCCCCUGUCGAGACCUCUCCCGAAACUCCUGCUUCCUCUGUCCCGAGCGACACUGGCGCCGCCGACAAACAACCGUCUCCGACAGUCGCCGUGUUCACUCCGCUCUCCGCCUUGGUUCCCGACAACGCUUGGCUCGACGAGAGCCUGAAUGCCCCCGUUUCUCCCGACUCGAUUCUUGCUUUGCCGAAUACUUUGACUGGUGUUGGCGCGGCAGUGGUGGAAUUGCCCGCUCCUGUCGAGCCCUGUGACGGUUUCCCCACUGCUACCGUGGCUGCCGUCGCUGCCGCUGCACCUGCUUCGCCUACUAUGAAACUGCUUUCUGUCGACCCGACAUGGAUGGAUGAUGCUCUUGCAGCACCUGUAACACCUGCCGCUCUUCUUGCGCUUCCCCAAAGGACUCUGAUCUUGCAGGUCGAUGCCUCCGAAGAGUCCUCCUUCGGUCCCGUCGGCCCCGUUGCUCCUGUCGAGAACCAAGAAGACGCUGCCGCUACCGAGGAAAAGGAUGCCGAGUCUAACGCUCCUGUUGCUAUUCCCACUCCGGUUCCCGAACAGCCCACAGUCGUUCUUGAUCAACUCGCAGCCGAAUCCACCCUGGCCCCGGUCGUCCUGAUCGCCGACAAGACUUGGAUGGACGAAGCCUUCAAUUCGCCCGUUACACCUUGCGCUCUACUCGCUCUGCCCGAGAAGAACGUGUCUGCCGCCGACUCCUCAGCUCCACCGCCAACUCUGCCUGUGGAAGAGGUCCAGAUCGCCGUCCCUUUUUUGAAGGCCUUCAAUGCCCCGGUUACCCCUCUUGCGCUGCUGGCGUUGCCUGAGAAGAAUUGUACUCUCCCCUAG